AGAGACACAAUGCAAGCACGAGAAUAAAUAUCAGAGAGAGAUAUAGAGGAGAGCCGAGCAGAGCAAUGGAGUCCGACAUGGACAUGGAGCAGGUGAGCUUCGAUUUCUCUUGGGAGACGCCUAGCUUCUUCGAGCUCUGCGACACAGAUAGCAUGCACCUGCCGGCCGAGGACUCUCUGUCCCGUCUGGACGAGCACGACGGCUCGACGAGCUCGCCGGACCGCGCCAACUCAGGGAUGACGAGGAGGUGGGCUGGCAGGAACAUGAUCAGCGAGAGGGACAGGCGCAGGAGGCUCAACGAGAAGCUCUACGCCAUCCGCGGCGUCGUUCCAAACAUCACCAAGCUGGACAAGGCGUCCAUCAUCCAGGACGCCAUCGCCUACAUCGAGGAGCUGCAGGAGCAGGAGCGCCAGCUGAUACUCGCCGGACCCGGAACCGACAGCUACACCUCCGUCGUCACAGCAGACUCGACCGUCGACGACGGCGUCGGCUCCCCGCCACGGAAGAUUAGGAGGACUACCUCCGCCUCCUCCAUCUGUUCCCCUGCCACGCGCCUGGUCCAAAUCCUAGAGCUCGAGGUGAUGCAUGUGGCGGCGGAUCUGGUCAUGAUUAGCGUGAGGCACAUAAAAGCACAAGAGGCCAUGGAAAAGGUGUAUGGUGUGCUCGAGUCCCUCUGUCUCAAGGUCAUCACGGCAACCGUCACCGCUGUGGCAGACAACAUUGUCCACAACAUGUUUGUCGAGACAGAGGGAUUGAAUUGCGCUCAAACGAUUAAGGAGAUGGUGCAGUCUCACUCAGUCAUCUCAAUGCGAGAAGAAGCCCACUGAACUCCAUGAAUACCCGAUGAAGAUUAAGUGUUGCAAAGAAUGCACAAACUGGUAGCCCGAUUACCUACACUCUGCUGAAUUCCACUCUCAUACUGUAGUCAUCUUCCAAUAAUCUGACAACAGUAGAAACUAAUUAUAUGGUCGGAGAAAAAGACAUAUUUUGUGGACUUAAUGCAAGAAUGUACACCAUAUAACUUGGCAAUAAUGAAAAAUAA